CUCCCACCCUUUGAGUUAGCUUUUGGGGUAGUGCAUCCCAAGGUUCUUAUCAAAUGGUAUCAGAGCCUUCCACUGUGUCUUCCGGUUGCAAUCGAGUGGCGUGAGUGGUGACGCCGGCAUUGCAAUGUUCGCUUGAGGCUAGUAAAAGACUAGCACAAAGCCAGCCUGCGUGAGCGUUGGGGCUGCGGAGUGUGGUGGAAUGUUAGGAUCCCAUUUGCAAGGUAUGAGACUUAAAGUCCCACAUUGGUUGUAUGAGCAACUAAUAUGGAAUUUAUAAGGCCUUGAGUACUCUCACCUUUUGAGCUAGCUUUUAGGAUGUGCAUCCCAAAGUUCUUAUCAGAGGACCAAAGUGAUGACACUUGUACCUUUAGAGGACUGAAACAAGUUCCCGUGGGAACUUCAGACAUGUCAAGUGGAUCCGUGAGACGGGUUUCUCGCGAAGAUAUCCAGCAGGUGCAAAAUCUCAUAGAACGAUGUCUGCAACUAUAUAUGAACCCAAAAGAAGUUGUGGAAACGCUACUAACUCAAGCAAAAAUUGAGCCUGGUUUUACUGAACUUGUUUGGCAGAAACUUGAAGAAGAAAAUCAAGAAUUCUUCAAGGCUUAUUAUUUAAGGUUGAUGUUGAAGGAGCAAAUAACAGAGUUCAACAGGUUGCUGAAGGAACAUGCUGAGCUAAGUCAGCUAAACCCAACUGCAGUUGCAUCGCUACCUAACACUAAUGGUUCACAUAUUCCUGCAUUAGCCCAGAAUCGAUCGUGCUAUGCUGCUGAGCUUGCCAGAGCAGCUAUGAAGCCAGAAAAUAUGCAACAUACUGUUGAUUCCAAUCUACAUAAUGUGUUUAAUAAUGGUUGGUCAUCACUCCGCUCUAGUAUGAAUGCUGUGGUUGAGAUGUCUGCUCAUAGCAAUAGGAUUGACAGCCCUCCAAUGCUUUCAACUCAAAGCUCAAGCAUGGGUUUGAUGAUACAAGGAAUUAAUGGGGGAAUGAUCAAAUCAGAACCUGGAUAUCCAGGCAGUUCUCCUUACAUUUUUGGCUCUGAUGGCACUGUCCUGGAGGCAUGCCCAACUAUUGGUGAUGCAUCGGUUGCAUCGUGCAAUGGUGUAGACUCAAACUCUCAUCCUAUGAAUGGGGCACUCCUGGACCCCGACAUUUCUUCAUUUGGAGUUUUGGGGCAGAUUUCUGGAAAUCUCAGCCUUUCAGAUCUGACUGCUGAUUUUUCUCUUAGUUCUGAUAUAAUGGAGAGCUAUCCAAGGUGUCCCUACCUGGCUACUGCCGAUGAAAACUUUCUCGAAAGAGGAGAACAAGGUUGAUUUUUGUACAUAGAGUUUAGAAGUUCGACAGAUUUUGAAACUACAACUCUUCGGUGAACAUGUGUAUGUGUAUAGGAGGAGUUCACUAACCUCAUUCUAUAGUGAUGGGAAAUGAGAUUUGGAAGGAUUUGCAUGGUCUUAAUAAAUAAUACUAUGUAGGAAUCAAAGACUCCAAGGAACUGUGAUGAUUUCUUAGGCCAAUUUUACGAGAAAUUCUAAUAUACUUUGGAGUCACACUUUCAAAGGUCGAAAUUAGAUUUUGUAUUUAUUAAAUAUUUUAAAUUUAAUCCAAGGGCUUAUAUAAUGUUUUAGCCGAUCCUUUGGAAUAAAGGUGAUGUUGAUAUUAAUGUAUAUU